AUGAAAAGAAUAACAGCAACAGCACUGAAAGAUUUUUUUGAUGAUGAAACGAACUUUGGCAAAGCAGAACUUCGACCACGAAAACGACCUGGACGAUCUUGGAGUGUCGAUGAACUACGGCUGAAAUCGAACUCAGAUCUCCAUAAAUUGUGGUACGUUCUGCUAAAAGAAAGAAAUAUGCUACUUACAAUGCAACAUGCUUAUACAACUCGAGCUAAAUAUAUGCCAAACCCAGAGCGCAUUGAUCGAAUUAAGGAGAGUAUGUCGAAUAUUGAGAAUGUUGUUCAUGAACGUAAUGAUGCAUUUUUUGCGUUAGAAACUGGUCACGGUGCAGAUACACCGAUGCGAACGGUUACGUCGUUUGCCGGUUUCACAUACACAAAGCCAGCAACAGAGCAUUACAUAUCAGCUGAGGAGAGCGAUAAGAAGGAAUAUGAGGUUCCAUAUUUAGAUGAUGACGCUUAUAUGAUGCAAAAAUUGUGGGCUGAGAAAGAAUUUUUGAAACAGAAAGAUAAAGUCGAUGAUGAAACGAGACGAAAAUUAGUUAACGAUGAUAUGAGAAGAUAUCGUCGAUGUGGCCGUAGAUUAAUGAAUAAAGUCGAGGAUUUAUAA